AUGGGAAUAACCGAAAAGAAUGACGAUGAAGUGACCUUCACAGUACCGGUGUCCGAUAGAACAAUUGACGAACCAAAGUACAACUUGUCAGUGUGCCUUGCACCAAUGUAUGGUAAUGAAAGCAAGUGGUUGAUGCUGACAGAGCUAAUUGAACAUUACAAACUGCAGGGUGUGCAGCAUAUGUACAUAUAUGUAAAAGAUAUUGACGAGUACUCUCGCAUAAUCUUUGAUGAUUACGAAAAAAGCGGCGAAAUUGAAGUGGUAUACUUUAGAAAACAGCAAGAUAGACUUGGAUAUCACUGGCAAAUGGUUGGCGUGCAGGGGGAAAUUACAUUGAAAAAGCAUUUACCUACUCUUGUGUUUCACAACACGUCAGCUGUAGCUCCUAGUAAUCAUAUUCCCAAAUGUAUAAUAGAUCCUCGACAUGUACUACUGAUGUGGGUUCACCAUGUAAAGAUGUACUUUCCUGGAUCUAAGUAUACGCUAAUUAGCGUGCCACCAGAUAAAGCUAUUAUAAGGUUUUGUCCUUACAAAUUUGACUACAAAAUGCCAGAAUUUUUCUCUUCUUCACAGACAUUAUCGUUCUCUCAAGGACAACUUCGGAAAAAGGUACCCAAGUAUAAUGUCAAGGAUACAAGGAGCUAG